UAGUGAACCGGUCGUCUGUCAGCUAGCUGCUAGCAGCAGCUGCCAAAAAGUGAGCUGGGCACAAGGCGAGAGGCGAAACUUGACCGACUUCGAGACUCGUUCUCCGGGAUGGUCUGACCUUUUGAGUUCGCCCAUGGGUUUGUUUACGUCAUGAUGUCGCACAUGCUGGCACCGAGGCAGCGGAGAACUGGCUAACAUCAGCUAAGUUAGCUAGUCGGCGAGACUCGCCGAGUGGGAAGAGUCGACUGAGAGACACGGGCCCGCCUCAGACUACAGCACCGGCGGCAGCUGCUGAGCGAGAAGUUCGACGAGGGCCCCUCCGCUGCCCGGACACUUAACAGGCGGAGAGGGCUGUUGGAGAGGCCGCGGGAGGAGAGCGGCGGCUGCCGGUGUGCUGUGACCGGAGACCGUGGGACGCUUCGGGGAAGUUCGCGGGGGGGGGGGGGUUUGGCCUCGGCGGUGACACUUUCCUCCCGACACGAGACAGAAGGAGGACGCGCGGUAUGGAAAUGAAUCGUGACGGUACGUGUCUGUGUCACGUCCCUCAGCUGUGACAUUAUUUCGCAAGACGAUCGGCCCGCAGCACUGAGUUUCACCCGGGAGGAGAACCGGACUCCGACGCGGACAGGCAACAUGUCGAAAAUGCCGAAGAAGAAAAGUUGCUUCCAGAUCACGAGUGUCACGCAGGCUCAGGUGGCGGCGAGCAGCAUCACCGACGACACGGAGAGCCUGGACGACCCGGACGAGUCCCGCACGGAGGACGUGUCGUCGGAAAUAUUCGACGUCUCUCGGACCGAGCUGGGGGUGUGCGACAGGAGCUCGUCCGACGAGACCCUGAACAACGUGGGGGAGUCUCAGGAGGGCCGGCCGCCCACCGCGGCUCCCGUCAACGGGGGACUCUCGUAUAAAAGUGUGGGCCCCGGUCGUGUCACCCCACGCACGUCAGGCGGCAGUGUGCCGAGCUCCGCCACACAUCCCCCGACGGGCUCCAGCACUGUCUCGCCCAGUGUGGCUCACACAGCCCCCCCUGUCAGCACCGGCUGUGGUUCCCGAUUCAGGGUCAUCAAACUCGACCAUGGUAUCGGAGAGCCCUUCAGACGGGGCAGGUGGACGUGCACUGAGUUCUACGACAAAGAUUCUGAUUCAAAUCGGACCGCGGAUGGCGUCAGGCCAGCUGUGACCCACAAUCACAGUAUAGACAGGGACAGCGGGCUGGGGACGGCCAGCAACUCGGUGGUUACUAGCGUCGCCUUUUCUGCACAGGCUUCGGAGAACCCCGCCGACGGUGGCUACUGCCUCGCUCAGCCCACAGAGCUCCAGCCGCAGGGCUACAGCGUGGCCCCUCAGAUCGGGAGUGGAGCGAGUGCCUUCCAGUCCACGGGGUACACGAAUACAGCAUCACAACAGGCUCAGUUUAAUAUGCAGCCUGUUGCUCCCCAAAACCUCCUCAGCCUCAAUGGUGCGCACCAAGGCGCCAUGCAGCAGAAGUCCCCCAGUAUGGCUCAGGCCACGCAACCACAGCACUUUGCCUAUUCUACUCAUCCCGCUGGCCUCUCAGCUGGCCAGCCGGACUAUCGUGAGCAGCACUUUGGCUCAAGCACUCAGAACCUUUCCCUGACGACUCUCCCCGCGGUGCCUCCAGCCAGCCAGGUAGCCUCGUCUCUCAUCGCCCCCGCUGGCCCAGGAGUCCAGGGGCUGAGCGGAGAGGCGGCCCCAGCCCCCGUGGCCUGCAUCCAUCCAGGAAGUGGCCAACAGCACCCUGUCAGCCAGACUCAGCCUUCAGCAGGGAUGGGCAAUGCCCCUGCACCUUCCCUCACGACCACCACCACCUCCCACAGCAGUGUUCAGAGCUCGCCUGCCACAGUGCCCAGUACCACCAACACCCCUCCAGGUGUGCCAAGUCAGGCGCCUGGCACAGGAGGACUUGCACAACCGCAGGGUGCCCAUGGAGGAGCCACGACAGGCCUUCCAUCAGGCUUCAUUAACAAGGCAGAAGAUGGUAGGCAGAAGUCUGAUGGCCCACCUCUGACCAGUGUCCGCUUGGUGCCAGGGAAAGAUGGUGUGAAGCCUUUCAUCAGUGACACCCUCGGCCUGCCCACCCCUGCUGUCAACAGUCUAUUCGGCAUCCAUAUUACCAUGGAUGUGGAUGACGACAGGAACCCAUCCACUGCUUUCUACCAGGCUUUCCGGCCUAGCAGGUUACGAGGGUCAAAGCCUGUCAAGGAUAGUGCAUCCGGUGCCAGCGUCGUCGCCAUCGACAACAAGAUUGAGCAGGCAAUGGACUUGGUGAAGAGCCACCUGAUGUACGCCGUUCGCGAGGAGGUGGAGGUGUUGAAAGAGCAGAUUAAGGAGCUGUACGAGAGGAACUCGGCGCUGGAGCGCGAGAAUGCCGUGCUGAAGUCGCUGGCCAACAACGAGCAGCUCACCCAGCUGUCCGGUCAGCUCAACCAGGGCGGCAGCACGUCGCCGCCGCUGCUGCAGCAGCAGCAACACCUGCUUGUCAACAACAACAACAACAACAGCAGCGCCUUAGUUCACCACGAGGGGAGUCCGAGCGUCCCCCAUCAGCCCAACAUCACCUCCGCGUGAUCCUACUUCCCUCCAGCACACGUGCUCAAACACACACACACCUCCCACGGACCGGAAGUGGAAGGUUCUGUUAGAAAAAGACAACUACUACCGCCCCGUUAGCUCCGUAAAGCAAAAAGGCUCCGCUCUGUGUUCAGUAUUUUCCCCUUUUGAGGAAAAACAAAUCUACAACUGCGUCAUCUGUGCUUGUCACCUAGAGCCAUGCUUCAACGUGUGCAAGCUGCCCGUCACCAGGCCGUCACUUUAUUAAGACAUUUAACACCAGUGAACAGUCUUACUCUGGCCCUGUGUUUGGCUGCAGGAAAGUGGGUGGGGAGCCAUUCCAUACCAUAAAACUGCAUGCUGUUCUAGUGCAGGAGUUGUGGGUGGGGGGUUAAAAAGGCACAGAGGGCGCUUGAUUUUGUCCGGGUAAAAGGUGAUGGGAGAGGACGAUGCUUCUGUGAAGAGGGCCAGCGUGGCAACGAGGGUCCUGUGAAACAUCCAGCAGGAACUGUCCUCCCAAGCAUCUCUACCCCACAUCACUCCAGGGCUGGAAGACGCCAGAGGUCCGAGGGAGACGUGUGGGGAGAGGAUUGGUCCUCCCCGAGCAGAGGAGGGCGCCAGGCGGCCCUUCGCCUCGAGCAGAGCCAGUCGAGAGCCCCAGCUUGUUAUAUGCUGCAACAAAAAGCUUAUGUUGUCUUCUCAGAGCCACCAUACUUUGACAUGAAUCGUAAUACUUUUUAAUUAGUACGGUUUUAGUAUUUGCAUUUAUUUAUUUCAGGGCUGCUAUUUUCAUUAUGUAAAUGAACAAGAUACUUAUUAAAGCAAAAAAAGAAACCUUUUGUCAUUGGUCUUUUGGUAUUUUAGAAUCAGUCAGGUAUUAAAUUUGGUAGUCUCAUGCAUCAAGUAGAUCUCAUUAAGUAGGCAAUAAGUUCCAUGAUAGACGUGUUUCUUCUCAUGACGUAGUGCUAACACUAAGGCCAAGCUUGCAUUAGGUGAAAUCCAGGUUGAAUGUAUAUUUUGUAUAGUGUAAAGUAUUAAGAGCGAGGAGGAGGGUUUGUACAGGAGAACACAACGAUGUUAAGAUAUGAAAUGUGUGAUGGGAUGUUUCGAUAAAGAUACAAAUAAUUUACCUUUUCUAGACUUUCUUUGUCAACACAAAAAAAAGAACACCAAUUAAUUUGUGGGAGUGGUUGGGGCGGAUGAAAAGCUGUGAAAAUUGUUCGACCUACUUUAUAACCAAAGACGCAAAGCUGUGUACGUUUUUUUUCUCCCUCUCCCCAUUUUUAAAUGCACAUUUUCUGUCUUUUCUUCCUACUCUCUCCAUCUCUAUAUUUUGUUGUUGUUUUUUUGUUUAUGUUCUGCAUGAUCUAUAAUCAGACCACUUUCUUACCUCAUGUUUUUAUCCAGCACUCUUUAUUUUUCUGUCAAGUCUGUGAAUGAUUGUCGGAGGGUUUAUGAAAGAGAAAGGGAACAAUUGGUGGAGAAGGUGGUUGAGGGUGAGAAUACUAUUUUUUUUUUUUUAAAGAUUGGAAAUGUGACGGAAGGGAGGGCCUGGUGCACAAAUUAUUAGCUAGAAAAGGAGCCAUCUUUUUCAUUUUCAUGUGUUGAAUUUCAUAUGCAGAGAAAAUGUUCUGUUGCAAAGCAAAUUUUAAUGUAUUUAAUGAAUGAAGCAUUAAGAUUUUUAUUGUAAUCUAACCAACACUUUGCUUACAAAGAGUCAAAUUUAACAAAACAAUUUCCACAACAAAACAAUGGAAACUAAUAAACAUUUUUCACACUUAAAGCUGGAACCCGAUUGUUGAUUGUGUAUGAGCAUAUUAUGGGAUGUCCUGUCUAUAUGUCCACGUCUUUGUGCCUCCUUUGCCGUCGUCUGCUGUUGCCAGACGAUCAGGUUUCUUUCUCUGUGGCUUAGAACCAAACCAAACUGCUUGGUAAUUGUACAAUCAGUCAUCUUUCUACUCGAUGGACUUUGAUUUCCUCCUUUUUUUUCUUUUGAAAAUGGGCUAAUUUCUUCUUUCUCUGAUUGAAUUUUUUUCUUUUAUUUUGAAGGAGAUGCCGCGUACAUGCCGUGUGUACUGUAUGAAAGUGAUCACUGAGCCUUGGAGAAAAUAUCUUAACAAUGCCCUUGUAAUGUGCUGUUCAGACGAUUUUAGUUUUAAGUCAGAAAUAAAUUACUGUUUUAUUAAGA